UUGGUCGCAGCUUAUUGGCUGGUGAAGUGCGGUAGAGGCAGAAACAAAAACGAUGUGAAAAUGCGGUCAUUUUUACCUGCCGUGGCAGAACAGCUUUUCCGGGAUAUCCAGCGAACCUAUCAGGAGUCGACUCAAAUUCCAGAUGAUCUGCUUAUUGCGCUAAAGUUUGUCUUCGGCUCCUGCGCACUGCAGGCAUUGGACCUAGUCGACCAGCGCUCUGUCACGUGUCUGUCCUCUCCCAGCGGUCGCCAAGCCUUCCAGGUAAUUGGAGGCUCGGGCCGUUUGUACACCUGCUUCUUGUCCUGUCACUACUGCCCCUGCCCGGCUUUCGCCUACACAGUUCUACGCAGAAACCAAGGCCUGCUGUGCAAACACAUCCUGGCCGUCUACCUGUGCCAGGCUAUGGCCGUGACUCAACAGGAGAGUAUCCCUGACCAGCAGAUGUCGGCGGUGCUCAGCGGGACCGGGGCCCCGUAGCAGCAAGAGGGCUGGAAGAUACGGCCCCACAGAGCUGAUUCCCUACAUCCGUGGAAUACUGGCCUGGUUUCUGUUUUUUAUCUGACAGAUAACAGAUGUUACUUUGUUUUCUUUUAGAAAUGUUCUUCAUCUCAAAUACUUUGGGUUUUAUUUUUAGUUGCUUUCUAUCUGAAGCUCCAUUAGUUAGGGAGUGAGAGAACAUCUGGACACUGAGGUCACCUCCAAACCAUUUUACUGCACAGUAAUGAUUUUUCUCAUGCACUGCUACUAAAUAUAAAUCAUCACUAUUAAAAUGUGGGAAUAAAAGCCGAUCUUACCAAUAUAAACAU